AUUACAGGCCUCACACCAAGCAAACUAAACAUGGAUUAUUUUAGAGAUUUAAAACUAUUUGAAACCGUUUAUAAGCUACUAUAUCCAUAACCAAAAUAUUGAAUGAUUGUCAUAGGCAAUUAUUAUCAUUAUGUAUUUCUCAGUAAUUUUGUUUGAUAAAGGGAAAUCCUGUUCAUGGAUUCUGCUGGAUAACUAGUCUUAUUCAUCUUCUGGCUUCCAUGGAAUUAUUAUUCUGUCCUGUACUCUAUUAGGAUUCCAACAAGUGGCCGAUUCUAACACAACCUAGCCUUCACUCUAUUUAUAGGGCACUCUAGAUAGCUCUUCUGUAUCCAAUAAGCACCAAAGCUUCAACUUCUGUUUUUGAAGCAAUCCAGCCGAGUUUUUUCAUAGUUUGUGCUUAAUUUUAUUGUCUGUCAAGCCAUUUGAAGCAGUUGGGUGUCCUUUAUUAAUCUACUUUCAUAGCCUCGAAGGUUCUGAAUCUUGAGAACAUCCUUAACUGCAGUUUUUCUGAAGAAUUUCAACCCACAUCUUUUCUUUCAGAGCUUGAGUUCGGCACUAUGGCCAGUCAUCCAAGUUCUUCAUCUGGGGGAAACUCUUCAUCAGCGUGGACAUCCAAGCAAAAUAAAUUGUUUGAGAAGGCCAUAGCCAUCUAUGACAAAGACACUGCUGACCGUUGGCAAAAGGUGGCUGCAAUGGUUGAUGGGAAAUCAUCAGAGGAAGUCAAAAGGCAUUAUGAGAUUCUGUUAGAUGACUUGAAUGGGAUUGAAUCCGGCAGAGUGCCUUCCCCCAAGUACAAACCAACUGGUUGAUUUUUCUGGUAAUUAUGGAAACCAGGCAAUAUAUGGUAUUAAGCUAUAAUGGAGCUCCUGGAUUAAAACUUACCUAUUAUUAUUACUCCUACUAAUAUCUACAAGGAGAUAGCAGAAGACAACUAAGACGAAGUUCAGAAGCAUGGUAAAUGAAAAUGACUGGGCACCUGUGGAUACUUUGCAUGAUUAUUAAUAUAAUAAUAUAGAAAUACCUGUAAUAGUCAUAAAGACAUAAUUGAAAGAAGGAAGCCUCAAGUUAUAUAAGCAUUUGGGUGCUCUCUCUUCGUUUCAAUAUCUGUAAAAAAUCAUAUACUACUCUACAACCUUUAUCAUUCAGAAUGGACAAGUUCUGUGUACAUGGAUGUGAAGGUGGUGAUAUAUGAGAGCAAGUAUUUAUAGACAAAUAGUCAAAUAAAUAUUUUUAUUAUAGAAGUGGUUUUGAUGAUUGGAUUUCCUGUCCGUACAUACAUUUUUAAUGUAAAAGGUCGAUAUAUUACUUUUGAAAGGACCAAUG